UACUAUAUCAACCCUCCGGGUAUUGGCACGGAGACCGCCUGUGUGUGGGGUACCUCUGCAAACCCCUACGGUAACUGGUCUCCUUACGUAGCGGGUGCAAAUACGGAUGGCGAUGGGAAUACUUUUGUGAAGCUCGGCUGGAACCCUAUUUAUCUCGAACCUUCGACGCCAUUCCGCGAUCAAGUCCCUGAAUUUGGCGUGGAGAUUGUUUGCGAAGGCGACGGCUGCAAUGGUCUCCCGUGCAAGAUCGACCCCGCUGUCCAUGCUGUCAACAAGAUGGAGGGCAAGAGCUCUGAAGGGGCUGGUGGUGCCUCGUUUUGCGUCGUGACGGUUCCUUCGGGUGGCAAGGCCAAUAUCGUCGUUUUUGGAAAAGGCGAUAGCAGCUCUUCCCCGAGUUCGUCUGCUCCAGUCAGCUCCAGCAGCAGUGUGUCUAGUUCGUCUAGCUCGUCGACCUCAACUACCAGCUCCACUUCAGCGAGUAGCACGGUGACCACGACUUCGACUUCCACUAAAAGCUCCAGUACCAGCACUAGCACCAGCACCAGCACCAGCACCAGCAGCACGAGCACGAGCUCGAGUUCUAGAUACAGCUCCAGCUUGAAUCUCACACCUAGCUCUGUCACGGCGUCCAGCUCCAAGGUGACGCAAUCAUGGAGCAGCGAGGAUGCUCAGAACUCUUCUGCAAGCUACACCUAUGCGCCCCAUGUCUUCGUUGAGGGUCCGUCCUCGGCCGCGGCAGAGCCUACACAAACAGCAGCUGGGUCUUCGGCCGCCGCUCAGUCCACGCAGCACGGCGCUGCUUCUCUCACUGCUGUCUCCAUGCUGAGCCUGUGUCUCGGUUCGUUGGCUGCCGUUGUCCUGUUGAACUUCUAG